UUGCCGAAAAAUCAACAUGGCAAAUGUUGAACCUGACUACGAGCAAAAAGGAGAGCACGGCGAAACAAAAGUCAAGAUAAUAUGCUUAGGCGACAGUGCUGUAGGGAAAUCAAAAUUGGUGGAGCGGUUUUUAAUGGAUGGAUAUAAACCACAACAGUUAUCAACAUAUGCUCUGACUCUAUUCAACUACCAAACAGAACUUGGUGAUGAAAAAGUAUCAGUGGAUUUCUGGGAUACUGCGGGGCAGGAGCGUUUUAAUAACAUGCAUCCUUCAUAUUACCAUAAUGCACAUGCUUGUAUUCUGGUGUUUGACACAACUAGAAAAGUCACAUAUAAAAAUCUACCCAAUUGGUUAAAAGAACUUAGAGAAUACAGACCUGAAAUCCCAUGUCUGUGUUGUGGAAAUAAAAUAGAUGUGGAUUAUUCAAUAACAAAGAAAGCUUUCACAUUUCCUAAAAAACAUGGCAUGCCAUUUUAUUUUGUGUCGGCAUCAGAUGGAACUAAUGUUGUUAAGUUAUUUAAAGAUGCAAUUCGUGCCGCAGUAGCAUACAAGAAUAAUUCCACAGAUUUCAUGGAUGAAAUCAUGAGAGAACUAGAGAAUUUUGAACUAGAAACAGACAAUACAACAAAUGUGACUGAUAGUGCAUUAGACUCUGCCGGUAAUUCAGAGGAGAAAAAAGAGGCCAAAGAAAAUUCUUCCAGCUGAGAGUGGCCUUACUUAGAUAUUAUCUACCAUUGUAAAAUCCAUUAUUAUUUAUUCUGAAGCCAAUGGGCUCUGAGCACUAUGGAGAUUUACCACAGAUUUCACAGAGAUUGUGGGCAACUGCAGGCCAUUAUUUUAGUAAUCUUAUAGUGCUUAUUAGUGCUAGAGAUUCAUUGGUUACACUUGAGUUCUUCACACAAACAAGAAUAAGGUACUGUAACUGUGUAUGUACACAGUAUUUUGAUGGUUCUUAAACAUCCUGUAGAAGCAUAUCUGUAUAGUAGCUUAAGGUUUUAAAAGAUUAUUUAUGAGUUGAGUUUAUUAGAGAGAUACCAUUGUAUAUUAAAAAUGAGAUGAGAUCUUUUUUGUCAGUAGAUCUUUAAAAGAAAUUAAAGAUACGCAUGUACAUGUAAUUUUAGCUUACCUUGACAGAGUUGAAAAGAUUUUGGAUGGUAUCAGCAUCAUUGUUGGUACCCCAUGUCAAAAUUUUUGAUGCAGGUCCAUUCCCAAAGUCAUACAUGGACUAAACUUGCAUGUAGGAAUGCCUACUACCAGACUUGCCCCAGAUGUCUAUAUCUGUCAGUUAUUUUACGAAUAUAUGACCAGGUUUUGUCUUUGGAGUAGAUUCAUUCCUUAGUCCUUAUAUAUUUUGUUAUAAUUUUUGGUACAUGUAUAAUGCAGAAUUGAUUAAUUUUUGAUCACAUUUCUAUAUUCUCUAAGAAUAAAGUGAAGCUUGUAUAAAGUGAAAAAGAGAAGAUUUUGUGGACAGUGGUGUUUCAAAUUAUCUUUCACAACUCCAUAGCCUUUGCAAAUUAUCAUUUUUGGGUGUAUGUAUUUAUAUGUAUUCCUUGUCUUGCCACUAUGCCAUUGUAGAAUUACUUGCAACAUAAAUUUUUGCAACAAUAUUGACAGUUUUUCAAGUUCACGCAAUAUGAUGAGUUACAAUAACCAGGAACCUAAUAGUAAUGAAAUGCACUUUGUACCACUAUGUGAUAUGUCAUUACUAUUGAAAACUGUAUUUUACUCUCAUAAAAAUGCUGGAUUUUCAGGUGGACAAAUUAUUAAGCAUGCAGUUUUAACAAAUUGAUUAUAAAUCAGUCUGUAAGUAUAGAAGUGUUAAAAAUUCAAUUUUGUAUAUGAGAUAAAUUUUGCAGG